AUGCUGCCAUUAUUCGGAGACGACAGGAAACGACGAGAGAUAAACUUGGGCGGUAGGCGGACUGCCGCCACACAUGACCUCAUCCUCGAGCAAGCAAAAGCGCGGCGGACCGAGCGCGAGGACAUCCGGCGGAAGAGGGACAGCGCGGUGCGGCUGCAGGCCUGGUGGCGGGGGCUGCACGAGGCCAGGCGAGUGCGUCGCCAGUUGCGCCAGACGCUGGCGGAGAACGUUACUGGAAUCGUAGGUCUGAGAUGUCUCGCGGUGUUAGGCCAGGACGAGGAGGCUUUGGCUUUGUGGUCGAACGCAGUACUAGGCGCUGGUGAAGAAAGUUUGUUUCAUUUAGCGACGGGCGCGGAAGGGUCCAGCUGGCUGGUCCUCAUCCGUGAGGUGAGCUACUCGCUGCUGAAGUCGGCGGCAAGCGCCCCAAGGUCUCCAGAUGCUGUCUCGCACUUGCGAAUACUGAACGCUCUUCUAUCACCAGCAGUGUGCGGGAAACAUCUGGGAGAUCAGGGUCCAGUCGUAAGUCGCGAGAUCACAGGCUACCUCCUCGCACGCGAGAUGUACACCCUUCUCUCCCAAGCAAUCACCGGCAUAGCCAUAGACGCCAAGAACACACCCUCCCUCCCGCUCAUCGUCCCCCUGAUCACCUCCCCGCUCACCACCUUUUCCUCCUCCCCCGAGCAGUACCAAACCGCCCUCUCCGCGCUCUUCACCCGCAUCCUCACCAUUCCGCUCCUCCCGAACCGCCUCCCCCUCUCCUCGCUCACCGAGCUCUCCUCGAGACUCCCCCUCUCCGCCCUCCCCCAGCUCCCCGCGACCUUCCCCGCCGACGCCUGCGCCCUCCCCACAGAGCCCAAGAUCCACCUGAUAGCGAACCUGGCGGCGUUUGCGCCGCCGCGGUAUAAGGCCCUCCCCGCGGCCGCGCUCAGCGCCUACCUCGAGCUCCUUGGCGCGCUGCUCAGCUCGCUGCCCGUGAACGCCCUGGACCCUCCUCCACCCAAACCCAAGUCCGCCACUACCAGCAAGCCCUGGCACACAGCCGAUUCGGACACCGAUUCCGACGACGACUCGCCGGUGCAAGUGCGCGUCGUCUCCUCGUUCACGGCGCCCGCCGAGCCCCUCCCGCAACUCGACGCGCGCACGAGCAAGCGCUUACAGACGCUCCCCGCCCCGGCACACCUCACCGCGCUGCUGCAGGCGGCGCAGCGUCACCCCGCGACGCAGCCGCAGCUGUUCGCGUUCAUACUGAGUUUGAGUAUGGCGUGGCCGCGGAAGAAGGAUGUGGUGCUGGGGACGGCGGUGGCGUAUGCAGGCGGCGGGCUGAUUAGGGAGCUGUGGAGGGGGUAUGUGAGGGGGAGCGUGCUUGGGCGGGACGAACGCGCUGGGGCUAUCAUGGACCCGGAGAACGCGGCACAGUGGCCGCCGCUGCUCCUGCUGACCGAGAUGUACACGCAGGCGCUGCAGACGAUGGGCGACGACGAGUUCUUCUCGAGCGCGGCGAACAGUAGCGCCGGGCGCAACCCGCUCUCGCUCGACGAGCUGAUCGCGCUCUCGCGCCGCCUGCUGAACAUUGCGUUCACGCUGUACUGGCGCGAGGACCAGCGGGACGUGCAGGAGGGGACCGUGCCCGGGCUGCGCGGGGUCCGGUGGGAGGUCGUGAGGGAGACGCUGACGAGGUGUUUGCAGGCGAUACAUGGGAGAGACUCGCGGAAGCCAUUCACGCCCGAGGGGCAUUGGCAUUGCACCUCGCAACUCGACAUGUCGUCCUUCAUCGAGGCUGCCGUCCUCGAGGAGCAGCGCCUCACGCAGCCCGACGUCCCGCAGAGCCGCCCGCUCUCGAAGCGGCAGGUCGCGAAGCUCUCGCCGCGUCUCGGCGUGCUGCACAACAUCCCCUUUGCGAUCCCGUUCGAGAUCCGCGUGUCGAUAUUCAGGCACUUUGUCGCGAACGAUAUGAUUAGCCAGGGCUAUGAUAGGUACGGGCGUAGAGGCCGGCUGAGGGUCAGCGUGAGACGGGACCAUAUUGCGGAGGAUGGGUUUGAUAGGCUGGGCGAUGCGGAUUUGAAGGCGCCGAUCGAGAUUGUGUUCAUUGAUCAGUUUGGGCAGGAGGAGGCGGGGAUUGAUGGGGGAGGCGUGUUCAAGGAGUUUUUGACGAGUCUGUGUAAGGAGGUGUUUGAUCGCGAUCGGGGGCUGUGGUUGGCGAAUAAGAAGAAUGAGCUGUAUCCCAACCCGCACUCGUAUGCGAAAGAACCGCACAGUUUGAACUGGUAUCGGUUCAUUGGUCGCGUGCUUGGGAAGGCGUUGUAUGAGGGUAUUCUGGUUGAUGUUGCGUUUGCUGGGUUCUUCCUCGCCAAGUGGUUGGGGAAGCAGAGCUUCUUGGAUGACCUGGCGUCGCUGGAUCCAGACCUGUACAACGGCUUGAUCUUCUUAAAACAUUACAACGGCAACCCAGAAGAUCUGUCCCUGACGUUCACGGUCGACGAGGAAGAUCUCGGCGUCACCAAGACCACCGAGCUCAUCCCGAAUGGGAGCAACAUCCCAGUCACCCGCGAGAACCGGCUGCAGUAUAUCACGCUCGUGUCCCACUAUCGCCUCACGAAGCAGAUCAGGCUGCAGAGCGAGGCGUUCUUUGAGGGACUAUCGCAGAUGAUUGACACGAAGUGGCUACGCAUGUUCAACCAGCAGGAGCUGCAGAUAUUGCUGGGCGGUGUGGAUACGCCUAUUGACUUGGAUGAUCUCAGGAGCCAUACGAAUUACGGAGGCCUUUACGAUGACAACCAUCCGACGAUUGUCAUGUUCUGGAAUGUCGUCAAUACCUUCAACCAAGACCAGCGCAAGGCGCUGUUGCGGUUCGUUACGAGUUGUAGCCGGCCGCCUCUGCUUGGAUUCAAGGAGCUUGUGCCGAACUUUGCCAUCCGCGAUGCGGGUUCGGACGAGGCCCGUCUCCCUACUUCUAGCACUUGCGUGAAUCUGUUGAAGCUCCCGAGAUACCAGAGCGAGAAGACUCUGCGGGAUAAGCUCCUUCAGGCGAUAUACUCUGGCGCCGGAUUUGAUCUCUCAUAGAACAGCGGUUGCCGAUGGGCCGCAUGUAGAGUGUAUCUGUUGUAAAUGCCGGAACUUGUGAUUUCUCCUGUACGAUACUGAUCAUGAAUAAUGUGCGAGUAGUGGUUGUCUGAUCA